AUGGGUGGGGUUACACAAAAAAUGACGGAUACUGUUAAGAGUGUACCUAUCUUAAGUUCACCAGGUAUACAAGCUGUUGUUGUACUUCGUGAUCCAAAUAAUGGACAAGUCUGUGGUCAAGUUGAUUUUCUUCAAGCAGAUGAUGGCAUAGUAACUGUCAGUGGUGAAAUUAAGAAUAUACCCGAUAAACAAAAACGUGGUUUUCAUAUACAUGAAUUUGGUGAUACAACUAAUGGAUGUACAUCAGCUGGUGCUCAUUAUAAUCCAGAUAAUAAUGAUCAUGCUGGUCCUCAAGAUGUACUUCGUCAUAUUGGCGAUCUUGGAAAUAUUAUUGGUGGUUCGGGUAAUGUUGCAAAAUUUAAUUUUAAAGAUUCUGUUAUAAAAUUAACUGGACCACAUUCAAUUGUUGGACGUUCAGUAGUCGUUCAUGAAAAAGAAGAUGAUUUAGGUCAAGGUGGAAAUGCAGAAUCGAAAAAAACAGGCAAUGCUGGCGGUCGUAUGGCAUGUGGUGUAAUUGGAAUAAAAAAGAAUUAA